AUAAUAUAUAUUUAGGUAAUUAUAAUGGGUAGCCAAAUAAUUCCAUGAAACCUCUGUAUCUUCGUCUAGCUUUAAAAAAGUUGACUCGCACGACCUUUUCCAUGGCUAUGGCUUCCUCUACACAACCAUGAGAUUUCUUCCUCGUUGCCGCCAUGCCACUCCAACAGCUUCCCUUCUUCCGCUGUCGUCCUUGUUCUUUCAACUCUCCUUCUCCGAACAGUUUAUUUUCGCCUUCAUUUCUGCUUCCAGAUUCCAAAAUGUUUCUCGGAAUCAAGCAAAUAAACAACCAAACCAUGCGAUGACAACUGCUUCCUGAUGGAUGGAUGGAUGGAUGGAUGGAUGCGGCAAUCUCUGAUUGGGCUCCACAGCGCUAUUCCUCAAUCAUAUUACCGAACGGCAUGAAGAGUUGUUGAUGAUCGGAUUGUAGCUCGAGAUCUCCAGGUGACUCCAUUUUUUUUUUCUACUGCAAUUUUGUAGACUUCGUGACUCCAUUUUGAUUCUAGUUUCUCAUCGCUUUUGUCUGUUCAGUAGGAAGAACUAACCGGUGAGUCGAUCGGAGCCCUAUCCUUUUCUGAAUGCCAGUCGUACUGUAAUUUCAAGUUCCAAUAAGCUUUUUAAUCUCCAGGUUGAGGAUCUAAAUCUUGUUUGGCUUGUUCUUGAUAGUGAACACUUUUCCUUUUGCACGAACAGCUUUUAAGAUUCUCCGAUUGAAUUCUAAAACAAGACAGUGAUCACAGUAAAACUGAGGGUUCAACUGAUUUUUUUGUUGUUUUUUUCCUUCUUCAAAUUCAUGCAGAAGGUCGAUAUGUCAGUGUUUCUUGACAUCUUGCGUUGCUUUUGCUGUUGUUGUGAUGAUCCUGAUCAUGACAACAAUUACCGUGAAAUUUAUACAGCUAAUAGUUCUGAAAGAUUCAGAGUUUCCAACGUUAGUGAUUCAAGUAGUUAUCAAAAAAUCCAACCAGAUACUUCUGCUGUAACUCCUCUUCUUUAUUAUGAUCAUUAUCCAAAUUAUUCCAAGGCAAAAGAGUCGACAUUGGAGAAGAGUAGUACAGCAUCUUAUAAUGCCAAGACUUCAAAUCUAUACCAGCAUUCUAGUAAACCUCAGUCUUCACCUGUAUUCUCAAAACCAUCUUCACAUGCUGCUGCUCCCAACUGUGGGAAAUCCAGUUCAUCUUCCUUCGGAGCUCAUUCGCUUUCAUCGUCGACAUUGGAGAAGAGUAGUACAGCAUCUUAUAAUGCCAAGACUUCAAGUCUAUUGCAGCAUUCUAGUAAACCUCAGUCUUCACAUCCAACUCCAUCAGGCUCUAUUAGUCCUUCUUCGUCUUCGUCUUCCUUCAGAGCCCAUUCGCUUUCAUCGUCACUUCUUAGACCUCAAGAGACAUCAUAUCUACGAUCACCUUCUCCAGUUUCCUCUGACUUACCCCGAUCUUCAGUUAACCAACUUGUUUCUUCAUCUAAACUGCCAACACCAACUCCAAAGCCCUCUUAUUCUCUUCCCUCCCCAUCUACUACAUCUUUCCCCGAACCUCCUCGAGAGCAGACUCUACAUCCAACUUUGACUUUGUACUUAGCUCCUAAGGAUGUUGAAAAUCUGAUAAAAAAUGACAUUGAACCUCAUGUCCUGAGAAAACCUCUGUCGCCUUCAACAUACAAGUCUUACUUUGCUGCCCUGCUCUAUGCUGAGGACUACUAUUAUAAGAAAUGGAGUGAUUACAAAUUGAGAAAUGUCAGUUUGGAGCUACAACAAAUAACAAUCCAUAAAGGACCGAACAAGAAAACAAAGUUCAAUGGCCAUGAGAAGGUCAUUAAAACCUUUGUGGCAUUUGAGAUCGACUCUGUCCCUGAGAGGCGGCCAUUUCUCUUGUCAAGGGAUUUGGUUCAUGCAAGGCUUUGUGAGAGGAAACUUGAGCCAUUUCAGGGCCUUGUCUACAGAAUUUCCACGAGUAAUUAUCAAUUAAGCAUGAAAAACAUUCUGUUGGUCAAUUUUGGGGAAGACUUCCAUUUUCGGCAUCGCAAAACCGACAAAUACGACAUUAGUUUUACCUUCAACAGAGUUUGUUUAAAGAGAGCUCACCAAGCUAUAGAAGAAGCGUCUGAUUCUUUGCUCCAGAGUUUCCUCUUUCCUAAAUCCACGUCCAGAAAAGUCGACCCCUACAUCAAAGUUACACGUUCAGGCCAGCAAUUACUUGACCCUGCUCAAAAGAAUGCAAUUCGUCAGAUUUUACUCUUACAAGGUUCACCACCUUACCUAAUCAGAGGUUCACCCUGUGUUAGCUCUUAUGACUGGGCAGAGAAUCAAACUAGGAAAAUCACGAAAACAGGAGAAGUUGUUGUAGGAGCAGUGUUUCAGAUUUACUCAACCUCUCCUAAUUGUAAAAUUCUGAUAUGUGCUCCCAGGAAUACAACAUGUGAUGAGUUGAUGAUAUCUUUGAAGAAGGUGAUUCCUGAGUCGAACAUGUUCCGUGCUAUCGCGGCUUUUCGAGAACGAGAUGAGGUCCCAGAUGACAUCUUACCACUGUGUGACUACAACAGGGAUCAGGAGUGUUUCACUUGUCCUUCACUUGACAAGCUCCACAAAUACAAGAUAAUAUUCUCAACGUUCAUGAGCAGCUUUCGACUACAUCCUAAAGGCUUGGCUGCUGGACAUUUUAGCCAUAUUUUCCUGUUGGAUGCAUCGGCAGCUAUCGAGCCUGAGGUGCUAGUUCCCUUGACUAAGUUUGCAAUAGAUGCUACUAAUGUCAUUGUUACAGGACAAAGAGGGAAUCAACCAUAUUGGGUUCGGUCGCGAAUUGCUCGAAGACAUGGAUUGAAGAUAUCGUACUUUGAGAGACUUGAGAAGAGGAUGCCAUAUAGAGGCAAUAAUCCAUCCUUCAUUUCAGAGGUAUAUGAGGAAGAUGAUGAAAGUGAGGAUAGCUUUAUAUGAUGAUCAACUACCAUCCUAGAACAUGGAUUUAUGUAAUUGUUAUAUUAUAUGUUGAAAUAUGUUAAAACUUUCAAACUAUCUAAUUUUAGUUCUUAAAUUUUCA